CCAUCAUUAUUGAACUCCCUGAGUAGUGUCGGCGUGGCCGAGUUAUUUGGAUAGCGCAGGUUCCCCUUAUUUGUGGGAUCUAUUGAGAGUGGCACAUAGUAGACCGCGUUAUCAGACAGUUCGGUAGGAAGCAACAUAUUCCGGGACCAUGUGCUGAGAUUGAUCCUUUUCAUUACAAACGUGACAAGCGGUAUGCUAUAACAGUGGAGGAUCAACAAAAUUUUACACAAAUGGACUUUUUGUGGGAAAAUCGUCGACAAAGGGUAAUUCUGGCCGAGUAUGAAACUCAAGACCCAGGGUCAUUAUCAGAGUAUUUUUGUUGGUAUCGACGUCACUCGCGCACUUUCAUAGGAAAUCCUGCGCAUAAUGUGGAUAGAGGAUACCAACACAUGGCAGGCAGGCAUGAGGCACUGGCUUUAGGACAUCAAAAAUCGUACAGGUUGGCUCAGGAGACUAUCCAAGAUCCAACCAAGUCUAAUGAAGUGAAGGAAAUAGCAGAGAUGUUUAGCCACAUUAAUACAGAGUCCAUGGUUGCUGCCUCUCUGGGGACGAUGUUGAGUUUCGCUCCCAAUUAUACACCACCGGCAGAGUAUGUUGAGCCGCCUACUGUGCAAGUGCCUCGUCAUCAACGUCCUAAUGUACCAAGACCUACGGCGCGUGGCAGAGGACGCCAAUCAGGUAACAGACGAGGUCGAGGUUCCGUGGAUCACCAGUUGGUUGAUGAGGAAGAGGUUCGUUUUGAUCAAGAUAUGCCCAGCUCAACGAUGCCUGUAGCUGAUGAUGCAUAUUACCCAAUAAUAGAUUUUAUGUCCAGCUCAUCGACGUCUGCUCUCGAGGUCCAAUCACCAGCAAUAAUCAGAAGUGAGGGGCCUUUUCAGGCAUUCGCAUCGUCUUCCCCAGAGCCUCCGGUAGCACAGCCGAGACAGCGACGGGUUCUCUGCCCCUGCGGGGAUGGAGCGACAGAAGUUUUUUUGAGAAUUCAAGAGAAGGUCACGGCGAGACUAGCCGUUUAUCAUUACGAUAGGUGUCAAGUGGAAGUGCAGUGAUGUAUGCAACUG